CUCCCCGAAGUGAUUGUUUCCAGUUUAUCCUUUCUAAAAAGUAUUUGUACACAGUAGCUAGCCUUUUGUCUCUCCAUUAGACUGCAAGCUUCUUCCAGGGAGGGAUUGUCUUUUACCGUUCACUGUAAACCUUCCCGGCCCACCAACCCCCUCCCCAAGCCUCCGGCCCAGCUCCUGGAUUUAGGCUUUUAAUAUAGGAUCACUGAUCGUUGACGAGGCACCAGUCCCCGCACCCUGGCCCCUCCCAGGUUCUGGCACCACGCUCUCCUCCCUGUGUGAGCACGCAUCCUGUUCCCGCGUGCCUCCCUCUUGGUCUUUAAAGGGAGAUGGGGAAGCGUGCCGCUGGGCCCCCUGAGGUGCACACGGUGGGAGAAGAGAGCUGUCAGCAAGUACUCAGAAUGCCGGCCAUGGAACCCAAAGGCUGUAAUUUGAUAGAAACCGUGGAAAAUCUCUCGGACCAGUUCCUUCACCUAACAAAGCGAUUCCUGCCUCACCUGGCUCGCCUCUGUUUGAUCAGCACCUUCCUAGAAGAUGGCAUUCAUACCUGGUGGCAGUGGAAUGAACAGAAGGAAUCCAUCAAGAUGUCUGGAAGUAGCAGCCCUCUCCUGCCAUUCAUUUUGGGGAUGAUCAGUUCAUUUGGACAGUUGGUGGGAUGUGUGUUGAUUUUAGUCCAGAAGUUUGUUCCUUGUGCCUGUUUUGUGCUGUUUGGAAUCAUUUUCAUGCAAGUCUUGGCCUUUGGCCUUCUAUGGAACCUGAGAUUCCUAAUGAGGAACAUUGCUUUGGCUGGUGGCCUGCUGUUUCUCUUAGCUGAGAGCCGGGCAGAAGGGAAGUCCAUGUUUGCUGGAGUCCCCACUCUGGAUUGUACCUCCCCACAGCAGUACAUUCGGCUGGGAGGAAGAGUUCUCCUCCUCCUCAUGUUCAUAUCACUCCUACAUUUUGAAGUGAACGUAUUCACUAUCUUCCAAGAUGUCUCUAAGAUGGUUCUUGUCAUCCUGGUGGCCAUUGGAUUCAAAACAAAACUAGCCGCCCUCACUCUUGUGAUCUGGCUGUUCCUCAUCAACCUGGUGGAGAACCCAUUUUGGAUCAUCCCAGCCAACAGGCCCCUUCAUGACUUUAUGAAGUAUGACUUUUUCCAUACCACAUCAGUAAUAGGAGGCUUUCUCUUGGUGGUAGCCCUUGGACCUGGGGAAAUUUCAGUGGAUAAACAGAAGAAGCAGUGGUGAAUAGCACAGUAAAAUGAUGAAGAAAAGAAUGAAAGAAAUAGAUUUAUUGCCUUCUUGACUUUUAACUCUCUCCUUGGGGAACAGGGGAGAGUGUGGCCCCUAUCUACUCAUAUCUUCUAAAUGUCUCUUACAAUUGACUGCUGCCUCUCAGCGGAAUAGAAAUUUUUAUUUCUUACCUUGGACCAGAUAUACAUACAGAUAUAUAUAAAGUGAAAGGCAAGCUGACCUUUAACUAUCUUGUACCAGGACUUUCUUGAAGAACUUGUAUUAAUCUCAAGGUGUUGUGAGAGUGCUAUGUACUAACCUGGGCCACAAGGAGAUACUCAGGCCUCAUACCACUUCGUAAACCUAAAACUGUGUUGGUGAACCUAUAGCACACAUGCCGAUGCAUGCUGGGGGGGGGCACUGCUCCUUUCCCCCUCUCUACAUGUCUGAGGACAUUUCUCACAUGACACCCCCCUACCCAGCAGCCCAAUGGGAGCACUUCCUCCCUCCCCUAUCUGGAACAAGGCAGGGGGCUCAAAUGUGAUGUGAGGAUAGCACACAGUCUCUGAAAGGUUUGCCAUCACUGACCUAAAAGAGCUGGUUGUACUAUAUCCACCCAAAUUAUGUGUUAUCAGGGUUGGGUAUAUAUCUGUUAGAACUAUCAUUUUCCUUGUUUACUUUGUAACCCUAUGUUUGGGGACUUCCCAUUUGGCUGAUUUGGUGGAAUCCAAUCCUUAUCAGCUGUAGAGCUAGUAUAAUGUUUCCUUUUUGGAGAAUAAUGUUGAAAACAUUAUGACGACACAACCUAGGUCCUUCGGUACCAGUUAGUGCAUUUACAGGGCUCUACAUUAGCAAUGGACUACCUCUUCCCUCUCCUCAAAUAAAGCUUUCCUUCAUGGUCAUUUAUGGCCAUGGCCAACUUG